AACAUGGGACAGCCCUAGAGACACAUUCAAAUGAAAGCGAUGGUUGUCCUUUUUCAAAACCCUCGCCCUUCGAAUAUUUAUGUAUCUUGCUCUCACUGCUAUCAGUGAAACCAUCCGAAUCACGAAACUCCUGUCUCAAGGAAUUUACGACAAGCAGAGAUGCGCGAGAGCUUCAACUGAGCCGUUUGUGUGCGCGAAUUCUAUGAUUCAUUGAUAUUCAUUAAGGGCGAAUUUCAGAAUGUCACUGCCGCACAAUUUGCAAGCUAAAUUUGGAUGUGAUUCGAGCACUUUAUCGCGCUUUGUCUCAGCAGAGAUGAUACGGCUCCGUAAUUUCCGGAAUAACCCUCAGUAGGCUCAUUGGUACAUGUACGAAGAUGCGCUUGUGGGAUACAUACAGUCUCAAAAUCGGGGCAACAGCCUGACGCUGACGUCAAAGGGAUAUAGAAGUGAGUUUACGAUCGGAUAUAUAGUAUUUGGAACGUGGAAGCGAUGAGCGAUGCAGAAAGGCGCAUCCACGGUGCUGCGGUGAAAUCUAUGGACAUUUGAAAGAAUAUAUAGCCAUACAAAAAGGAAAUCCCUUCUGGCAGGCGAAACAGGUGAGAUAUAAAAAAAAAGAUCAACGUCAUAUGCGCAAAUUUUGGAUAAACAUAAAGUUACGCUUGACGUCAACCAACUCGUAACUUAAUUCGUCGUCCGGAUUAAUGCGAUUCAAUGUUUGUAGUGGAUGUAAUUAUAUUAAACUUAAACAUUUGCUGUGUGAUGAGUAUUGUUUUUGCCGAGCAUUUUGGUCGAAGGUAUAGGAGCUUCACUGGCACAUAGUCUGCGAAAGAUUUUGAGGGCAAUGCGAGCCACCGCUUCCAUUCGCUGACAAAACCACUACUUGUAUUUCUACCACUGUGCCACGAGACAGACACAAGGAUCCUUUGACGAACACUGGCGAAGACCGGGGAGGAAUAUCAAACAGCGUGUUUCAAUAAGCGAAUCGUUGCGUGCAUACCCACUACAAACGGAAAAAAAAAAACUUGUAUGAAAGAAAGAUGCCACGUACCCGUGGCAGGAAAGGGGGUACAGCGGCAGGCAGCGCUUUCGCAAAACAAAAUUGAAACGAGCACAUACAUACAGUUGGGCGCAGUGGCAAUAGGCGACUGUAUAGCCUGCAUGAUCAUUGAUUUGGGAUAGGAUUUAGUUCUGCGUGCGCGAAAGAGAGACAAACGGUGAGAAAAGCAACAUCAGCACCAAAAAAUACGGAUAAAAACCAUGACGACGAGGACAUUUUACUUGUUUAUUUUGUCUGCGGCUUUUCUAGCCGAACUGCGGUGCGUCUCACAAAAAACCACGACGGGGGCAACUCUCCCUACCGCCGGUCUCAUAAAUAACAGUGGGGAUACUAGCAGCAAAAAGGACGCCAACCAAACCUACAAUUCCAGACUUAAGAGGAAAAAUCUGUCGGUGGAUUUCGCAAUCCCUGCUCUCUUGCGGAACUACCUGUCUGUUUUCAUAAAGCGCCCGCUGAACGGGGAUUGCCGGAAUUUUAAUGGAUGCUACACGGUGCGGUCUAACUUGAGAAUGCACUGCAUACCUUUGCAAAAAAUCGUAUCUAGUUUGCUUGAGACGAAUUUGGCGGAAUCGGACGGUUUGGAGAAGGAGAAUAUCACGGGCUCUGGACAACUCCCAUUCCGGCACAAGCGACCGCUGUCCAACGUUCUGAAUUUGGGGUUGGCCAGGAAAACUAACCAAGUUGUGGUGGAGGUGGGGGAAGAACUGGUCCGGACGUUGUGCGGUGGACUGACCAGCGAAGAUGAUGCCCCGUUAUCUUUUAUGGAGCUGGACCUCGGUAGCAUUUUGGAAUGGUGGCUUGGAGCCGAAGGGGGCAGACUGAGGGUCCGGAUCAUGCCCGAGAAACGAGCGCAGGUUCCAGGAAAAGAAGAGAAGUACUCGGCCGCGAUCAGAGCGGCAGAUCCCCGCCUCUUCCUUGAGAUCGCCUCCCGCGGUACCGCCUGGGCCAGCGCGGCGGGGCGGGCCCCUGACGGCUACUGGAACUUCACGUGGACCGCAGAGGACGAGCUCAGCUUUCCGCAGGAAAUGACAUCAUCGUCAUCGUCGUCGUCAUCAUCGGAGUUCAGAUGCCAUGGCAACAGAGAGCCGUGCCGCCGGCCCCCGGACAGGAGCCCGAAAUUCAGCUGGAGCCUGAUGGCGGCGGAGAGCUCGCUGGAGGCGGGGCCGGACGCUGUGCAGAGGGGAACCCGGCUUCCGGGCUGGGAGGAAGGGCAGUUCCUGUGGGUGAACUCUUCGGCGCUGGGGGGCCCCUGGGUGCUGAGCCCGUGGCUGUGGGGGGGUCCGCGCGCCUGCGGCCUGGACAUGGCUGUGUUCCUGCACCCCCAGCAGAGCGGGCGCUACACGGUGUGGCUGGCGCUGCGGGACAGCCCCCCCCUCACCCUCCUCUCCGUGGACAAGCCCCGACGGCCAGGCUGGGCAGUGCUGCGGCUCAUCCUGGGGUCCCAGAGCUCGCCCUUCCGAAUCUCCUCCGGCUACGGGCAGCCCAGCGAGCGGGACACGGCCACGUUUGCGCCCCUCUUCACCACCAACUGCACGCUCGGGACCUCGCCCACCCCGCAGAUCCCCCUGCAGGGGCAGUACCAGUGCCACCAGGGACCCGAGAUCGCCAUGGGGCAGAAGUGCGACUUCAGCGCGGACUGCCCGCUCGGAGACGACGAGGGAGAUAUGUGCCGUCAGUUUCUGAACGGCACCUACUGUUCGUUUGAAGAUGGCGACUGUGGAUGGAGGUCCGUAUCACCCAGAGGCCCCAAGUGGAGGGUCGUCGAGACGCAGCCAGGGGGCGCCACACCCAGCUGUCCUUCUUCAGGAGCUGUAAUGAUGGUGGACAGUAGCCAUUCUAAAGGGCAGCAGGGAGCAGCUUCAGUGAGGAGCCCUCUGUUCCCACCGCCGCUCAGGAACUCCCGCUGCGAGGUGCGGUUUUGGCUGUGUUCCGGAGGCUCCCAGUGGGGGGCGCUGUCUCUCUCGCUGGCGGAGAACAGCACGGGCCCGGAGAAGCUGCGCAGGCUGUGGCACGCCGGCGUGGAGGACGACAGGGAGCCGGGCUGGAGGCUCGUCGCCGUCCCUCUGUACAACCUGACAGACUGGUUCUGGCUGCAGUUCGGCACCAACAGCGUGUCCGGCCGAGGGUCCUAUUUCAAACUGGACAACUUCUCUCUCAGCAUGGACUGUUUCCUGACAUCCAAUGGGGAGUUUCCGCCCGUGAUUACCAACCAGAACAUCAGGAUGACCUCGUCGACCCAGAGAAAUACGAGUGACAACAGAAUCUCGACACCCGAGCUGCUGGACCACUCCAGCAGAUGGGCCUUUCACACCUGCGGGGCCACGGGCCCAGAGGGCCCCAACCGCGGCCAGUGCGCCAACUCCUACCGCAGCAGCAACGUCAACGUCUCCGUGGUGACCGAGGGGCCCCUCAAGGGCGUGCAGGUGUGGAGCGUCCCCGAGACGAGGACGUACAGGAUCACAGGUUGUGGGGCUGCAGGCGGUCGCAGCGUAUUGGCCAAUACCAGGUCACAUGGUGUCUACAUGAUGGCUGACUUCCUGCUGCAGAAGGAUGAACUGCUGUACAUCCUGGUGGGACAGCAAGGAGAGGACGCCUGUCCCAACGCUGACCGUGCCCUCAACAAGAUCUGCACGGACCAGACAUACAACAAAACUCUGGGCCGGCCGGGCGGAGGUGGCGGGGGAGGCGGGGCCACCUACGUCUUCAAGAUGGAGAAGGGCGUCCCUGUGCCCCUGCUCAUCGCAGCCGGUGGCGGGGGGCGGGGCUACCAGAGCAGCCAAUCAGAAAGCCAGAUAGAGGAUUUGGACAGAGACCCCCGGGUUCCAGGGCGCAAUGGCCGCUCAGGAGCUGCAGGUGGGGGCGGCGGCUGGAAUGACACUCUUCCUGUGGCUCGUGGGGGGAGACCUCUUCUGCUGGGGAGCCAGGGGGGGCAGGCCUGUCAGUACGGCUGGCCAACCAGGGGGGGCUUCGGCGGAGGGGGAGGAGCCUGUUCCUCAGGCGGUGGAGGAGGGGGUUACAGAGGUGGCAGCACGCCAGCGGAGAACGACCCGAGGAAGGACGGGAAGGACGGAUCUUCCUUCAUCGGCCCCGACGGCGUGACCUUCAUCGAGCCGCUGAAAGGCAUGGAGAGCCACGGGGAGGUGGUCAUCGCCCCGGCGCAGAACUGCAGCCACUGUGAGUCGGGCGAGUGUCACGAGACGGACGAGCAGACGGUGUGCCUGUGCUACGAGGACCUGGUCCUGGACCAGGACGGAGUGUCCUGCAUCAACCACACAGAGCGGAAUCUCCUGACGCCUCACCUGCCUCUGUCCAAGCUGGCUCUGGGGCUGUCUGUGGGCACAUCUGCACUGAUCGCUGCUCUGCUGCUGGCUGUGUCUGGGGUUAUGAUCAUGUACAGACGCAAGCACACGGAGCUGCAGGCUAUCCAGCUGGAGCUGCAGAGUCCGGACUGCAAGCUGAGCAAGCUGAGGGCCUCCACCAUCAUGACCGACUACAACCCCAACUACUGCUUCGCCGGCAAGACCGCCUCCGUCACCGACCUGAAGGAGGUGCCCCGACGCAACAUCUCCCUCACCAGGGGUCUGGGGCACGGCGCGUUUGGGGAGGUGUACGAGGGCCUGGCUGUGGGGAUCCCGGGAGAGCCCAGUCCCAUGCAGGUAGCGGUGAAGACGCUGCCUGAAGUGUGCUCUGAGCAGGACGAGCUGGACUUCCUCAUGGAGGCGCUGAUUAUCAGUAAGUUCAGUCAGCAGAACAUAGUGCGCUGUAUAGGAGUCAGCCUGCAGGCUCUGCCGCGCUUCAUUCUGCUGGAGCUGAUGGCGGGAGGAGACCUCAAGAGCUUCCUGAGGGAGACGCGCCCCAGACUGGAGCAGCCCUCCAGCCUGUCCAUGGUGGACCUGCUGAAUGUGGCACGGGACAUUGCCCGGGGUUGUCAGUACCUGGAGGAGAACCAGUUCAUUCACAGGGACAUCGCCGCCAGAAACUGCCUGCUGACCUGCAAAGGGCCGAGCAGGGUGGCCAAGAUCGGGGACUUCGGCAUGGCCCGGGACAUUUACAGGGCCAGUUACUACAGGAAGGGUGGGCGUGCGAUGCUGCCGGUCAAGUGGAUGCCCCCAGAAGCCUUCAUGGAGGGGAUCUUCACCUCCAAAACGGACACAUGGUCCUUUGGGGUUCUGCUCUGGGAGAUCUUCUCUCUGGGAUACAUGCCGUACCCCAGCCGCAGCAACCAGGAGGUUCUGGAGUUUGUGACCAACGGGGGCAGGAUGGACCCUCCCAAAAACUGCCCCGGGCCAGUGUACCGGAUAAUGACGCAGUGUUGGCAGCACCAACCGGAGGACAGACCCAACUUCUCUACCAUCCUGGAGAGGAUUGACUACUGUCUACAGGACCCUGACGUGGUGACGGUUCCCCUGCCGGUGGAGUACGGCCCCGUCCAGGAGGAAGAGGAGCGGGCCCCCCCGCUCUCCGAAGACCCCGUCGCCCCCUCCCUGCUGGAGCCCGCCCUGUCGCAGGAGGGCAAGAGAGAGGCGGAGCCUCCCCUGCAGCCCGGCCACGCCCCCCAGCCUCAGCCCGCCGCCGCCCCCGCGGCGCAGCCGCACCCCCCUCACCCGCACCAGCACCCUCACCCGUCGCAGGCCCCGCCCGCAGCCAAGCCCCGCCCGGCGCAGCAGGGCGCCGAGGGGGGGCACGUGAACCUGGGCUUCAGCCAGGGGCAGCCCCCCGACAAGGAGAACCGAAACGGGAAGCCCACCAACCUGUGGAACCCCACCUACGGCUCCUGGUUCCUGCAGCAGCAGCAGCAGCAGCAGAGGCAGGCGGGCGGGCGGGGCCCCGGGGAGGGCCAGGAGCACCCCGCCCACGCGGGCCGGACUGUGGGGGAGGCAGCCGGGGCCCUGGGGCUCCAGCACCAGCACAAGCAGCUGCAGCAGCUGCAGCUCCAACAGCAGCAGCAGCAGCAGGGUCACUGCAGACUGCGUCGGUUCCCCUGCGGCACGGUGGGGUACGGGUACCAGGAGCAGGGCCUGCCGCUGGAGUCCGCCGCCACCGCCCCGGCCCCUGCGCCCCCGCCGCCGGCCCCCCCGGCCCCCUCCGGCCCCCAGCGGCCCCCCGCGAUCGGCCGGGCGGGGGCCGCCGUCACCGAGGACAACCAUUUCGCGGAGCAGACGGAGGCGGAGGCGGAGUGUGUGAUUGACAUCCACCAGGGCUCCUAG